GGCCGGCAGUGACGUCGCAGACGCCGCCAUAUUGAAAUGUUUCUCCUCUUCUCUUCUUCACAGAGCUCAACAGCAGCCAUCAGCUCUCGCUUUCCAACUGGAGACAGGGACAACAACACAGACAUGGAGAUAGACACUCUUCUGGAAGCUCUUAAAGAUUUCGACAAGAAGGUAAAGAAAGAGUCGACGGCGGUGUUGGAUCAGUUUUUGUGCCAUAUCGCGAAAACCGGGGAAACCUUGGUUUCCUGGUGUCAGUUUAAAAGCUACUUCAUAUUCAAACUGGAGAAAGUAAUGGAGGAUUUCCAAGCAUCGGCCCCAGAGCAGCGAGGGCCUGCUAACCCCAACGUAGAGUCGGUUCCUUUUGAAGAAAUGAAGGAGAGAAUUCUUAAGAUAGUCAAUGGAUACAAUGGGAUCCCAUUCACUAUCCAGCGCUUGUGCGAGCUGCUCACUGAACCUAAGAGGAACUACACAGGGACAGAGAAAUUUCUCAGAGGGGUAGAGAAGAAUGUGAUGGUGGUCAGUUGCAUUUAUCCAACAUCCGAGAAGAAUGGGUGCAGCGGUGUCAACAGAAUGAAUGGAGUCAUGUUGCCAGGGAACAUAUCUGCCUUUACAGAAAGGAAAGUAAAUGGUCCAGGAACGCCCAGACCAUUAAACAGACAGAAACACUCCAUGUCCAGUUCACUGGCCACAAAUGGCCUUCCGGACAGUACGGAAAACAAAGAAACAAACACAGCACAAGGACACAGCAAUUCGGCCAGUGAUGCAUCAGUAUCGGGCGUUGAUUGGCCUCUCGGCAGCUCUGUAAAGAACAAACACUUAGAUGAUGAGGAAGAUGAGGGAAUGGAGGCAGAGGAACAUGAAGUAAAGAGGCUGAAAUUCAGCCAGGAUGGCAAUGAUGAAGAAGAGGACGAAGAUGAAGUAGACCAGCAGGUUGUCGAGAGACCGAGAUCUACAUCAGCUAAUAGCUCCUCAGAUAAGUCCGAGGAUGCCGAAUCCCCGUCAUCCAUGUUUCAGGAGGGCAGUGAGGAAGAGGAAAGUAAACCUCAAGGAUCAGCUGGAGGCUCUGAGGACCAAGAGCCUUCCAGCACACAGCCUGAGUGUCCUGUGGCAGAUUCCAGAGAGGCUUUUACUGAAAGAGAGGUUCCUUGUGGCUCUGAUGACUCCUUAGAAGAUCCCAGCGAUAUGGACCAAUCAGAGCAGAGAGCCCCAGCGGGCGUGGCCUCAAGCCCUGAGGUGAGAGAAGGGGAGGAGCCAAGCGAGCAGGUCAGCAGCAGUAGCACUGAUGAAAAUGCCUCUGGACCCACAUCCAGCAGCAGUAGCGUAGAGUCACCCACAGAGGGCGACUCUGGGUCAGGGGCCCUGGACUCCGAGAGUGCAGAGGAGGAGCCAAUGGAGCAGGACUAGAAGCCUGCAGACUCAACAAUAACAGUGCUUUUGUGGAGUUUAAGACGACACACACUUAAGUGGCCUUCCACAAAGGCCAUCAGAAUCAACAUCCAACCUACCGCCAUGCGCCUUUUGGUCGAGAGUCCCCCUAACUUCUCCAACCUUCCCAAACGGACACUUUAUGCAGAUGUACAUAGGAUUUUAUUGCUAAAGUGAAGGUUUUAAACGGUCUUUUUUACAGUUGUUUUUUCCCGCUUAAUUGCAUUUGUGUCAUCGGUUUCUGCCUGUCUGUUUCGUCACAGAGCUUAAAGUGGUUUGACUGAAGUUUUUUUGAUAUCUAGUUAUCACACUGUCAAGUGACAUCAUUUAAAGCUAGUUAAAGAAAUAUUCUUGAUUAAAUACAAGUUAAACACUACACAGCUGUAGCAUACCUUUGGUUACUACAGGAAAUGAUUCCAACUCCGAAAAAGCAAAAGUGUAAGUUGCUUGCUCUUAGACUUUUAAAAUAAAUGUAUUUCAAAGCAAAUAUAUGUUGUCAUAAUUUACAUCAUGUCUGUUGUUGUUAAAGCUUAACUUGUAUUUAACCAUGAAUGUUUCUUUUCAUAUUUUAAGUCUUGGUUCAUGAGAGUUUAAUCUGUAUCCUGUCUUGUUCUAAGCUUUAGGUCGACUAGGACAUGUCUCCUCUGCAUUGGUGUAUUAAUAUUUUAGUCACCUAGUGUUGAGCAUCGGGGCAGUGGAGUUUAUCGUCUUGCUCUCUCUGAAGACCCAUAACUGGCUGCUGUUCAGGUUACGUCUCAAGCAAACACAAGUCAUAGCUAUAUUUGUUCUUUUAAAUGAUUCAAGCCUAGCGUAACAUCGUUUCAUUCUGGUCGUUUGUGUGUAACUGACGGGAUGUUAAAUCUCUUUUCUCAAUUCUGUAUUCUUGCGCGGUCUGCGCUGCAUUGAAAGUGAGUGGUUUAUGUCAGGUACAUUUACCUCUUAUUCUAACUGAUUUCAUGAUUCAUGUUAAUUUAUACCAGCAUUUCAGUCUCCUGUUUUAUAAGAAGUUGUUUUGGUUUUUGUUGUUUUGGCAGGUGGUUGUUGACUGCUCUGACUAGCUCGAUUACAGUGUCAUUUGUGGCGGUCCAACCCCAAGUUGCCUCAGCUGGCUGCCAUUUUGCAGCUGUGUGUUUUUGAUAUUUAGAAAUUAAAAUUUCUGUAAAGUAGUGUUUUGUAGAGCAUCGUGUUUACUAUCUUUUGUGCAUCCAUAUAUAAUUAUUAUUAUAACUUUUCUUUGGUGUAUUACUGAAUGCUUGUGUUUUCAAUGCAGUAUUCAGAUGAAGCAAUAAAUGUUAUAGUUUAAAA